AUGAGCUCAGUGCCAGCACAGCUCUCCCGAGCUGGUAGGCGGAGGCUAGCUGCUAUGCGUAAAACUACUUCCCUCAUUGAGUCGGACACGUCCUUGGUCCGAGAGCUGGCCAAUGAUAUCCGAUCGGCCAGCGGUGGUCAGGCCGAGCAGCCUCGUAUACCCAUCCGUAGGCUACAUGAGGUCCUAGAGGAUGCCCUUCCUAAGAUGCAAGGGCCACCGUCUCUCGACAUGCGGCUCAUACUGCAGCACUAUCAUCACAAGCUCUACCUCUCGACGGACUCCUCCUCAGAUUAUGUGGCGGCUCUUGCUCUACUGGCCACAAGUGCUCAACGAUUGGACUCGAACGUGGGAGAUAUGGUUAAGCAAUGCUCACAGGUUAUCAUGGACGGUCUCCACAAUGCCUCUCUCAAGAAUAAGAAGACAGCCGAGCUGGCCAACGUCCACACUCUCCUCAAAGUCUUGACAAUAUGUGCUAGGCUGCACUUGAGGGGCUGCCCUCCGCCCGAUGCCCUACCCCGUCGUAUCGUUACUGUUUUAUGCAAGGAACAAUUCGCUGAUAAGUUUCUGACAGAAGUCUCGGCUCAAGACGCAUGGACGAUGCUGCGGUCAUUGGCGGCUAUUCGCAUCACCUCUCCGGCUGGCCUCUACCUCGUGGAUCGUUAUUUCGAUCAGAAGGGCCGAGUAGAGCAACUGUCUCGUGUGAGGAUGGUGCAGAUGGUCGAAGCUCUGUGUAUGCUCCGGUCGCGGGGUCAGGCAUUGGAAGCAGUCUGUGACCACUUAGCCAUGCACGUUGUAAGAAUAUCUCCUCAACAACGACUAUCCCUGAUACGCUCCUUCGCCAUGGUUAAUGCCGCACCCAAUCUCCUCUACCUUUUCCUGCACAGCGGACGCAGGUGGCGUUUGAAGUUGCCUAUUAGCAGUCAAGCUGAGAUGCUCAGUAGUUUCGCUCAGUUGCGGCUACGGCCACGGAGUAGCGUGUUCUUCAAGGAUCUCCUCCUUACCGUAUUGAGGGGGCGAAAGAGAGCAGAUGUCGAUCCACUACGACUGUGUCAUGAUUUGUUCCUGUUGGAUAUGUUCGACGAGUCCGCCUUCAAGCGCUUGGAAGCCGCUGUAGGCUCACAGGACUGCAUGGAGAUACCCCUAGAGGAGGCAUGCAGGGCUCUGGCCAGCCUAGGCUACUUCUGUUACGGCCGGCCUGCAACCUAUGAUGUGUUACUAGCGCAGGUCGGGAGGUUUGAGGCAACUCUCUACCAGAACAGGAAUUGUCUUGUACAACUGAAAGUGAGAUAUUUCAAGGCCGACAAUUGA